AUGCUCUCUCUUGUACUCACGCGACGAAUAGCGCGACCCUCGUUGGCCAACUUCGCGUUCUCGUUCGCACGCUGGUAUUCCGCAGCGCAGGCGAACUUUUCGACAGACAGCGAGCGGCUCAUCCACCAGAAGUUGACUGAGAAGUUCAAGCCCACUGAGCUGCAUGUGGAGGACGUCUCAGGUGGCUGUGGGACUUUCUACAACAUCAUCAUCGCUAGCGAGGAGUUCAAAGGCCUGCCUCUAGUCAAGCAGCAGCGACUCGUGAACCAGACGUUGAAGGAAGAGAUCAAAGGCAUCCAUGGCCUGCAGGCGAGUCGAAAGCUCUUCAUAUGCAGCGUCGCAUAG